CUCUUCAUCCUCGAUUUGAUCGUUCUUUCUUUCUCUUUCUACUGCUAUUGUUUGUAUGGCAGAAACAGCAGUGUAUCAGUGGCAGUAUAGAGAAGAAAAGAGAGGAGAAGAGUUUUCAUUGGGAAGGUAAAUCAAACCCCCCCUCCCCUUCCUCACAACCCUCUCUCCCUCUCCAUCUUUAUGAGCAGCUGCAACUACCUGCGUGAGUGAGUUAAUCCUACCAAAACACACACACACACCCAUUUUCCAAAGGAAAUCUCUGCAGGCUUUGUUACUGUUACUGAGACUGAGAGCAACAACUAUCACUGUAGACACUACUGUUUAGGAUUGUUUCUGUGGAAAAAGCAGACUCAUUCUUUUACCAUAAAACCCGGGAGACCCCCUCCCAACAUCAUAUCCAUCCAGCUAUGGAAGCUGAGGGUGGUAGCUCUAAUGGUGGCCCUUCUUCUAAUUGUUUCAUGGCUUUUGGAGAAAACAACAACAACAGUAGUAGUAAUAAUAACAAUAACAGUGUUAGUGGUAGUGGCCUAUCUCCAAUGAUGAUGAUGCCUUUACUCACUACUAAUUCCCAUCAUCCAACAAAUAAUCUUAUUCCUCAUCAAAAUCAUACUUCUACUUCUAAUAACAUUGCAAACAUCUUCCUUCCCAAUACCAACACUUCUUUCAUGCUUGAAAACAAUACUACUACUACUACUACUACUACUACUACUGGCUUAGGGUAUUAUUUCAUGGACAACAACAAUGGAAGCUCUUCUUCCUCUUCUCCUUCUUCUGCUGUCAAGGCAAAGAUCAUGGCCCAUCCUCACUAUCACCGCCUAUUGGCAGCUUACGUCAAUUGUCAAAAGGUUGGAGCACCACCUGAAGUGGUGGCAAGGUUAGAAGCAGCAUGUGCAUCUGCCAUGUCAAUGGCAGCUGCAGGAGACACAUCAGCUUGCCUAGGUGAAGAUCCAUCUCUGGAUCAGUUCAUGGAAGCUUACUGUGAGAUGCUCACAAAGUACGAGCAAGAACUUUCAAAACCCUUGAAGGAAGCCAUGAUCUUCCUUCAAAGGAUGGAGUCUCAGUUCAAGAAUCUCACCAUCUCUUCUUCUUCUAGAGAUCUUGGUAGCAACGAGGGAAAUGAUGGGAAUAAUGGAUCAUCAGAAGAAGAUGCAGAUCUACAAAGCUUGAUAGAUCCUCAGGCAGAAGACAGGGAAUUGAAGGGUCAGCUUCUUCGCAAGUACAGUGGCUACUUGGGAAGUCUGAAGCAGGAGUUCAUGAAGAAGAGGAAGAAAGGGAAGCUUCCCAAAGAAGCAAGGCAACAAUUACUUGAAUGGUGGAGCAGACAUUACAAAUGGCCUUACCCUUCUGAAUCACAGAAGCUGGCUCUAGCAGAAUCCACUGGUUUGGAUCAGAAGCAAAUUAACAAUUGGUUUAUUAAUCAGAGGAAACGUCACUGGAAGCCUUCUGAGGACAUGCAAUUUGUGGUGGUGGAUCCAACCCAUCCACAUUAUUACAUGGAUAAUGUUCUUGCCAAUCCAUUUUCCAUGGAUCUCCCCAACACAAUGCUCUAGAAACAUAUUGCUUAAUUAUGUCUAAUUAAUUAAUUAAUUAUUAAUUGCAAAGCAGUCAUAAGCUUAUUAUUGUGUGAUCACUUAAUUAAGACCUUAAUUAUUUAUACUUAUCCUGUAUUAUUAUU